AGACAGAAAAGAAAAAGAAAAGAAAACGUUCUGCCAUGAACAUCGUCAAAUACCUUACCGGCCUCGUAUGGCGCGCGCCUGAGUGCCAAUCUCAGAACAGCCCUAUACUUCAGCUGCCAGUCGAACUGCUUCUUAACAUAUUUCAUUUCCUUCCUCCUUACAGUCGACUACUCGUCUACCAAACCUGUCGGGCCCUACGAGCAAUCGUUCAUCGAAACUUCGUUGCCGGGAGGGGAGUGAUCCUGGUUACAAUGGAGCACAGACUGAUCUAUCUCACUCAUCUCGCCAGGUCUCUGCCUGAUCGAUGGGUUUGUGCCAAAUGUUGCAAACUUCAUCCAACUAACAGGUGGGAUACGCCAUCAUCUUGGUUAUAUAGACCAAGAUGUGGAGAUGGCUACGAUUGGAGUUCCGAUGAACACAGCGAAUCCCGCAUAUUUUUUAAUUAUCAACAUUCUGCAUCGCAUAGACACAUUGAACUCACGCUCAAGUACGCUCGAUUGAAUAGCUCAAAGAGAGCACAUCAGAAACAUCUCAAAAGACUUCUUACAGCACAUCACGCCAUCAGUAUUCGCGUAGCUGAAGGCAUUCAACUCAAACGCUCUUUUUACCCUAAGGUUGUAGAUGGAAGAUAUUUACUUCUUACCGUCCAGACUUAUCUUGGGGUUGGAAGUAAUCUUAUAUCACAACAGUCUAUAGAUUGGAUUCAAAUUUGUCCUCAUCUGACUGCCCUGGGUGUAUUUUCCUUGUCGAGAGAUCAUAGGAUGCAUCUAGGGAAGAUUAUAUACUUGGCUUUCGCAGCGCCAGCGAAUACUCCAAUUUUUGAAUCCUGCUCUUCUUGUGGAACAGAUUUCUCUGUACAGGCAUCACCAAAGCGAGCUACUGUAUGCAUAUGGCAAGAUUUAGGUCCGGAAGGAUCAGUAUAUGAUUCAGAGUGGGCGGCGAUAGUACGCGAGACGACAAAAAUCUAUCACCGGCCUGGAAGCAUUCGGGAGCUAUAUGGCCAGCAUGAGCACAAUGGUGAACUCUUACAGAUAGUCCCCAAGCCAGUUGUCUUCUAG